AUGGAAAUUCAUAACCAAGGGCUACAACCGCAAUGUCAACGACAAACAAGACAUGCUAAAUGGAAGAAACUAGAGGGGGGAUGGGUUAAGUGUAAUUAUGAUGCUUCUCAUCAUGAGGGAAACAGAGAUUCUGGCCUCGGUUGGAUAAUAAGGAAUUCGACCGGUAUUUUCUUACAUGGUGGAAUGGGACGAUUUCAAGGACGUGCUACACCUGCGGAGGCCGAAUGUACAGCACUCUUAUGGGCGAUCCAAGCAACAUGGGCUAAUGGUUAUCGUAGAAUUGACUUUGAAGGGGAUAAUCUAACAAUCACUCAACUCUUACAAAGCCGCGAAGCUACUCCACGGCUUCACUACUUGAACACGAUACAACAAUGGCGAUCAAUGUUCACCGACAUUCGCUUUUCUUUUCGUCAUCGAGAGCAGAACUCAUGUGCUGAUAUACUUGCAAAACAAGCUCUCAAUAAUAGUCAUCACUUUAAAUUGUAUCAUUCAUGUCCUGCCUUUUUACUAUCUGCUGUAAACAACGAUUGUGGACCUUAA